GGAGGUGAGGGACCUAUGAUGGGCGAUGGGAGGCGGAGGUGAGGGACCUAUGAGGGCGAUGGAAGCGGAGAUCAUCCUGGACGACGACAUUGACUGGGGCUCUGAAGGUUGGUGGGAAGAUGCACCUGCUGAUGAGAACUACAACCCCUUGGGCUACAGGAGCGGCGUGUGGCCUUACGUGAACUCUCGGUGCCCCGCGCGCUCCGAACUCAGCGGCCAGACCCCGUGUGUGUUCGAGUGCCAAGACGAUUACGAGUGCCCUCCCCUGAUGCUUUGCUGCUCAAAUGACUGCGGUCGAGUGUGCGUCACGCCGGAUACUGACCAUGGGCCGACCCGGUGCGGUUGCUCGGCUACUUUUCUCAGCGACUUGGACGAGUAUUUUUCCCCGCCUCCAGACAUCGCAACAGUCGCCAAUUUUGCGUGGAAUGUCCUCCAAGGAAGUUUGUCUCCCUCACUCGAGCCUCAUCUCUUCUUUGGCUCCGUCGUCAAUCGUGACUGGCUCGGGGCAGAUGUACACGACGACUGCACGUUGGAGCUGAGAGCGCAGAGUCAGCAAAUGCACUAUCGUUACUAUGACCCCUUCUCAAUGGAUACCGCAAUGCUGUUUGCCGUCAUUACGAAGCCAAACUCAACCCUAAUGCUACGCGAUAUGACUUACUUCCCCGACAUCUUCGAUCAGCUGGUUGUCAUCAAGGUCGGCGACGUGGAUCCCAUGGGCUCGCUGGACGGCGCUGUUAACCAUCUCAUUGCGGUGGACACUUUGGAUGACCUUGGCACAGCUGUUCAGGAGGCUAAAGGAUACAUCAGCGAAUAUUGCACCUGUGAUGAUGCGCCAGCGGUUGACAGUUCCUGUUUAGAAGUUGGGGAGCCGUGUGACGGAGACUGCGACCGGUUUGCUUUUGUCUGUGACGAAGGAACCUGCCAGCGUGAUUUGCCAGAUAUUGUUCCUACAACAUAUAAGAACUUUUUUGGCGAUUAUGAAGACGAUUAUUUUUACUAUGAUUAUUAUGAUUAUUAUUAUUAUGAUGACUAUUAUUUAAUGAAUAAUCCAGGCGUAAAAAAUGGAAUCGAUCCAAAGAAUCAGAAACACAAAAACGGCUCUCAGCCAAAUGACGGUCAUAUAUUCCCUCCACUUUUCAAGAAGGACAACAACACACAGACCAAGAAGCCGAGCGAGAACAAAAACAAAAAAUCGUUUACCAAGCCGACCACUUGCAGCAAAUCUAUAUACACGGAAUGCGAGGGAUACCUCUCUAAGGAAGACAAGGAUAAGUGCAAAGAGAAGAAGGCGAGGCAAAACUGCACCCAAGCAGACGAAGGCUCUCGGCACAAGAAGCUGGCGAUUUUCGAUGAGGGACCAAAUAGGUAUCUCUAUCGCACGCUGGACUACACAGGUCACUGCGCUGCUGGACUAUUUAGGUGUCCUGGGAUUCCGACUCUGUGCUUGUUUGGCGAACUCCUUUGUAACGGUGAAGAUAACUGCAUGUUCGGGGAAGACGAGGACGAAAGCUUUUGCUCAACACGCGAGUGCUCGGUCACUGAGUUCCGGUGUGCUUCCGGCCAGUGCAUCAGGAGGAGUCAGGAAUGCGAUGGCGAAACGGACUGCUCGGACGGCACUGACGAACACUGCGCAGCUGCGUCCGACUGCCCGGCGCCUCGCACUCACUACUGCGGUGCUGGCGCUUGCAUUAAGGAGGCGUUCUUGUGUGAUAACAUCCUAGAUUGUCCCCAUGGUGAGGACGAGAUGCCCUGUAACUGUACAGGGUUUAAAUGUAGUUCAGGUGAAUGCAUUGAUAAUUACUUCUUGUGCAAUGGUAGACAAGACUGUAGUGAUGGAUCGGAUGAAGCAGAUGUAUGUGCAGGUUUCACUUGUAGCGAAGGCUCUUUUAAAUGUGACAGCGGCGAAUGCAUUCCAGAUUAUAAGGUUUGUGACUGUAGUCCAGAUUGUAGCGACGGAUCUGACGAAAUGGACUGUUCAUCCACCCCAUCAGCCUACUACAUAAGGAGGUGUGAUGAUGGGCACUGUAUCAGUGAAUGGGAUAUUUGUGAUGACUACAUUGAUUGCUCUGAUGGAUCUGACGAAAAAAACUGUACAGAUAAUUCUGAUUGUUAUGGAUUCACAUGUAAUUCAGGCCAAUGCAUAAGCAGUUACAAUAGAUGCAAUAUGCAAGUGGACUGUACAGAUGGGUCUGAUGAAAUCGAUUGUGCAACCUUUAUUUGUCCUUCAUUUAAGUUCCAGUGUGGAACAGGACACUGCAUCUACCUUGACAGUGUAUGUAAUGGACGCGAAGAUUGCGCCGAUGGCAGCGACGAGGUUGGCUGCGAUACUUCUAACAGUUGUGAUGAAUUUCUCUGUUCAUCCGGAGAAUGUGUUUCUGAUUAUCAACUCUGUGAUGGGAUUUACCACUGUGAGGACCGCAGGGAUGAAAGCAUUUGCCAGGCAGUUACAUGCCCAGCCAAUCGUCCUUACAAGUGUGACUCUGGGCAAUGUAUUUAUGCAUCAGAUUUUUAUAAUCCAAGGUGCAACGGAUACAAAGAUUGUCAAGAUGGCAGUGAUGAGAUGGAAUGCACAGACGCAACCUGUCCAGCCGAUAAAUCCUUCCGAUGUCGGUCAGGUGAAUGUAUCUACAGUUUUUGGGUCUGCGAUAGAAUUUUAGACUGCGCUGAUGGCAGUGACGAGAUAGGAUGCGAUUGCUUGUGGUACAGCAUGGUCAGCUGUGAUUCAGGUCGCUGUCUCCCGGAUAACUCUCGCUGCAAUGGUAUCUGGGAGUGUACAAGUGGCAAUGAUGAGAGCAUGUGUACCAAUUUUACUUGUCCAUACCAACGCCCAUUCAAGUGUGGGUCUAAUGUUUGCCUUUCGGAUACUGUUUUCUGCAAUGAAGGAGCUGAUUGUCCUGAAAAUGAGCAGGAAGUCUGCCAAAGUAGAGAGUGUAACUCGUAUGAAAUUCAAUGCGAUUCAGGUGAAUGUGUUUACGGCUAUCAGUGUGAUGGUCGUAUAGAUUGUAGAGACAGAAGCGAUGAAGCUAACUGCCAGGAUUUCUUGUGUCCUGAGAAUCAUUACAAGUGUGGCUCAGGUGAGUGCAUCUGGGAACAUGAAGUCUGUAAUGGAUAUCCGCGCUGUCAAGACGCAAGUGAUGAAACUCACUGCAGUAAUGAAACUUGUCCCGAAUCACGUGGUUUCUAUUGCUCAUCUGGGGAAUGUACUUACAUGCAUUGGAUUUGUGAUGGUAUUGAGGAUUGUGCAGAUGGAAGUGAUGAGACUGCAAUUUGCGAGACAUACUGUCCUAAUAGCUUCAACAUCUGCAAUGAUAGUAGAUGUUUCCCAUCAAAUUGGAUUUGUGAUGGAAUCCAAGAUUGUUUCAAUGGCGAAGAUGAGAAUGACUGCGAAAACUUUAUAAGGGAGUGUAAUCAGGAUCAAUUUAGAUGUUCAUAUGACAACACAUGUAUACCCUCAUGGUAUGUCUGUGACAAUUACUUAGACUGCCCAGAUGGGGAAGAUGAGCAAAACUGUUACUUCGGCUCUACAGUCUCUACAGGGAUAGCCAAGUGAUCCAGAUAAAAAAAAAAAAAAAAAAAAAAAAAAAAAAAAUGGAUGGGAACGAGAAUGGCCUGUAUGUGUUCCAUAUUAGACAUUUACUAAAUUUCUACAAAAUCUCAAGUACUCUCAGCCAAUUCUUCUAGAAUAUGACCUUUUAAAAUUGCUGAGAUAGAAGACCAAUAUAAUAAAAACGAAAUGAUAAUAAGAAAACAAAUGUUGCAAAAAGUAAAAUGUGACUGUCUCUAAUCAAUUAAAAGAUACUUUGGUGAACCUGAGCUCCAGGAUGAUUCAGCAUUAAAUUUAGCAAUUUGCAUAAUAUAUGGAGAGCAUGGGAGAAGCAAUAAUAAGUAAUGCUAAAGUAUACCUUUCAUAAAUUUGGCUUUGAGGAAAAUAUAUAUUUCGAGCUAUUUCUUUAACUUUUUCAAAUAGUAUCAAAUGAGAAUAUGUAUCAUUGGAAAUUAAAAUCAAAAUACAAA